AGCUUAAGAAGAAUCAAGAACAUUGUUGAGAAAAAAGGCUACUACUUUUAUUUAAAUAACUAGUGCUCUGUUAUAUUGGUGGGGUGGCUUUUCUUUUCCAUACUCUUCUCAAAUUUUCUUACAGAAUCCUGGAAAACAAAGAAGAAUAGUUAAACAGUAAAGCAAACCCCCCCGCCCCUUUUUUUCUUUUUGGGAUCAUCGUCAUGGAUGUUUCUAUGAAGAGAAGAACUCUGCUUAAGGUCAUUGUUCUAGGUGACAGUGGAGUGGGAAAGACAUCUUUGAUGAAUCAAUAUGUUUAUAACAAGUUCAACCAACAGUACAAAGCUACAAUUGGAGCUGACUUUGUCACCAAAGAAUUACAGAUUGAUGACAAAUUGGUAACUUUGCAAAUAUGGGAUACAGCAGGGCAAGAAAGAUUCCAGAGCCUUGGUUCUGCAUUUUAUCGAGGGGCAGAUUGCUGUGUUAUUGUGUUUGAUGUGAACAUACUCAGAUCAUUUGAAACACUAAACAAUUGGCGUGAAGAAUUUCUGAAACAGGCAGAUCCAUCUGAUCCUGAGUCAUUUCCUUUCAUAGUAAUCGGAAACAAGAUUGACAUAGACGGUGGAAAUAGCCGAAUGGUUUCUGAGAAAAAAGCUAGGGAUUGGUGUGCCUCAAGGGGAAAUAUACCUUACUUUGAGACUUCAGCGAAAGAGGAUUACAACGUUGAUGAAGCAUUUUUAUGUGUAGCAAAAACUGCACUAGCCAGUGAACAUGAACAACAUGACAUUUAUUUCCGAGGUAUAUCAGAAACUACUUCAGAAGUUGAGCAGAGAGGAGGGUGCGCUUGUUGAAGUUAGCUAAUGGUUGCAUAUAUUUGCUAAUUCACCUUUUCCAUUUCUUGAAUCCUUUUAUUCUUCUUAUCAUAAUUCUUUGGAGAUUUUAUGUUGAUGUAUUAUAAAUUAAGUAUAUGUGCUUUCAUUUGAAAAAAAAAGAAAUGUUUCAUUCGUAAAA